UUUUUAAUGCUUUUUCACUGCAGGUUCAUGUGUUGAGACCAACCUUAUAUGGACUGAUCAGUUCGGUAAUGGCUUAUUUCCCCCUAACACCCAGCGGUAGCACAAUAUCCAUGAUCCAGAUAUAGCACUCCGGUGUCAUUCGCAUUCUUCCUGGACUUACAGAACUGAUUCCACCGCUACUUUAUUUAGGCAAUGGUUAUCGACCGAGCCUCAUGAGUCGCCUUCACUGUGCUUCGCGCUGAAACGGUACCGAAUCUUUUUCACCAGAUCUCGCUUGUGUCUUUGUGUUUUCUAAAACAGCGGAUUGCCAAACUGGUGCAGCAACUUUCCUGCAUUAACUGCAUUAACUGCCCCAGAACAUGUCGUUGACCAACACAAAGACAGGCUUUUCAGUGAAGGACAUUCUGGACCUCCCUGACACUAACGAUGAAGAAGGAUCUAUCACUGGGACUGAGGAGGAUACGGAGGGUUCGGAGGCAACAAAAACGCCCGGAGUUCUGGUGCAAAGUCCGCUAGAGAACGUCCAAAGCCUCCCUUUAAAGAACCCCUUUUAUGAUAACACUGACAAUCCUUACACCAGGUGGCUUGCGACUACCGACAGCAUUCAAUAUUCAUUGCACGGUCUAUCUGCAAACUCUCAGGACUCGUCUGCAAAAUCUCCCGAACCCUCAGCGGACGAGUCACCAGAUAAUGACAAGGAAACUUCAAGCAGCGGCAGCGACUCUGGUAAGAAGCGAAAAAGGAGGGUGCUCUUUUCCAAGGCGCAGACAUACGAACUCGAGCGCCGAUUUAGGCAGCAGAGAUAUCUUUCGGCGCCCGAAAGGGAGCACCUCGCGAGCUUGAUUCGCCUGACGCCAACUCAAGUGAAAAUCUGGUUCCAGAAUCAUCGGUACAAAAUGAAGAGGGCGCGUGCAGAGAAAGGUAUGGAAGUGACCCAUCUUCCCUCUCCUCGGCGGGUGGCCGUACCUGUGUUAGUCCGAGAUGGCAAACCUUGCCAUACGCUAAAAGCUCAGGACCUGGCGGCCACUUUUCAGGCUGGAAUCCCGUUCUCGGCAUAUAGUGCCCAGUCUCUUCAGCACAUGCAAUAUAAUGCACAUUAUAGCGCCGCCACCACGCCACAAUUCCCCACAGCACACCACUUGGUGCAAACGCAACAGUGGACUUGGUGAACCCUUAGUGACUUUGCUAGGGCUGCAUUUUAAAGACCUCGUUAGGGACUUUUCCAAACAAAAAAGAAAAUACUUUGUGCAGCUUGAGUCAUCCUCAUCGUUUUAUUUCGGGGCUGAUGUGUGCGCCGUGUUUACAUGUUUUCGUUCAGAAAACCGGGUCCAGCCUCUCCCCAGAUCUAAGAAUGUUACAGCUCUUGUGAAAUUUUGUAAAAUAUGUUUGUGUGUUGUAGAAAUGUUUUCUUUUUGUCCCUCGUGUUAUAAGCACGUACAAGACCACUUUAUAAUUAUAGAAAAUUUUAUUUCUUGCUUUUACAAUGGACCGAAUAUAUUUAUGGCCAUGAAUAAAACAUUGGCAACUUUUAGCUUAUUUUAUUUGGUUUCUUUUCUCUGUAAAUAUCUGUGGUAACUGUAUGCAAUGCAGAUAUAUUUGGCCGCUCAGCUAGUCAUAAAGAUAUAGUCUACCCGGUAUUUAGGGCAGAAAAAAAUGGAACAGCAGUUGACGAUAAAUAUCCCUCAUAAAUAUGUUGAUAGCAGUUGCAACGCGAGUUGAUGAAAUAAUACCCAAUUUUUAUAAGACUUUUAAUAAAAUGCUGUGUUUCAGAAA